UGUCAAUGUAAUGUCACAAAAUUAUGAUUAAACUUAUUUAGUGUCGAUUAAUUAUAAUUUUAUUUCCUAUAUUAAUUUUAUACUUAACCUAUCAGGAGAUGCUGGUCUCAGAUUCAGGUUUCGCUCCUAAUAACGAAAUACUGAUCAAAGUCGUCAGUCCUGAAGGACAAACGUUCACCGCUUACUUCUCUGAAGAGACCCUCGUCGAGGAAGUCAAGAACCGGGCUUUGGAUUAUUUUUAUCCGAAUGGAGAAAAUGGGUCUGGCAGAUUUAAGAUCGUUCGUGUCUUUGACACGUCAAUAUUGCACGACUUCUUGACACUCGCGCAAGAACAGGUAAUGAUGCAAGAAGAGUUUCUAUUAGUGGAGAGAAGGAUUUCAGAAGCUGGCACCUUAUGGGAUCUAGGAACUGUAAGAGCUCCCCAACAUGGUACUAUAGCUGCUGCUACGGCGUCUCUCCCGGCACCACAAAACACAAUCCGUCAACCAAACCUUCAGUCUUUACUGUCAACUAACGAAUUAUCUCACGAACUUCGGAAAAUUCUGAUAUCACUAAUAGAAGCUGGAGCCCGUUUGGCAGCAGCCGGCAAAAACUACGAGAUGACAUUAGCUCAGCUAUCAGCAGCAUUGGACGAGCCCCAGCGACCUCACCAAAACAUCGUACAAGUCAUAACUCCUGAGGAGAUCGCUUCUAAAUUCAAUCUUAUAGAGGAAACCACGUCAGUAGCAUCGACAGCCACUAAAACGGAUGGCCAAGAGUUAUUCAAACGCGCCGAACACUUGCAGAGGUUUUUAGAGAAGUUCCGAAUUUGGAGAUCGAAAAUUGCUGACCCUCCUAACACAGAAGCUGUGACAGCGUUAAAAGAUCUUGGUUUCUCCUUCGAAGAAGCGGACAAAGCAUUACGUUUCACAGGCUGCAACGUGCCUGCUGCUGCAUCUUGGUUAAUUGGGGAACGUGGUUCGAGCGUUUUCGAAUUGAUCAACGGCUUACCCGAUGGCUUAAUAUUGCAAUCUCUAUUGAAGCAGCCUCAGAUCCAACGUGGUCUGCUGAAUACGAGGAUGCUGAUAGCGUUCAUAGCGAUGGUGGGGCAAACCGGCACCGCUUCGUUAUGGCUCAAUUCUCCCCACGGAAGUCCUCUGCUUUCUCAGAUUUCAAGAACUUACCACUCGGAGAAGUACUGCCUGGCUGUCAAUCAGUUUUCAGAGACGAGACGGGAGCGUUCUUCAUCAUCACCUUCCACAUCCAGACAAAGGAAUUGACUUAUGGUUUUAUUAACUUUUUGAGAAAUUGUUACGUAAUAUUUACUGGUAAAUAAAACGUGUUUGUGCUAUUAUUGUUAC